AUGACAACCACCUUGCUGUCUAUAGCAACGUGCAUAGCUCUUUCAAAUGGUCUGGGUAGGCAUUUCGCGGGCCUUGGCCUGUUUGGUAUGGAAGCAUUCAUAAAGACAUUCUACAUCUGCAACGCGGCGUAUUGUAUGGCCACAACUUUUAUCAAACUCGCCUUGCUCUCUCAGUAUCUCACGAUGUUUGAGUUCGGGUCGCUGUCAUUUAGACUAACCAUGAUCGUUGCCAUCGUCACGGCGAUGUGGGGUCUGGCGUAUUCUACCAUCGCCUGGUUUCCCUGCGACCCCGUCUCGUCUCAAUGGAAACUCACGCAACCGGCCACGGCACGCUGGGGGUUCGGCUCUUCAGAUCUUGGAAUCUAUAGAAGGACGUACGUUAGCCAUGUUGCAACGAAUAUGGUGCUUGACGUGCUGGUGUGCGGUCUACCGCUUCCUUGGGCCUGGCAGCACGCGGCUCAAAAGAGGUCUAUUUACGGCGUCGUUUUUCUUUUCGUCCUCGGCGACAUUGUCGUUGCCAUUGGCGUCAGUCGUCUCGUCUCCAUUGUCAACACGGCUGCAGGCACAUAUCCCAUCCUCGAUCCGUCUUGGUAUGGUUGUGUGCCUGCCGUACUUGCAACAGUCGAAGUGAAUUUGGCAACAGUCUGCGCGUCUAUCCCGAUCGUUUGGCCAGUCACUCAGAGAGCUUUGAGCAAAAUCUGGGUCACAAGAGAGUUUGAAGUUAUUUCAGAACCUCGGGACUUCCGUCUGAAGUCGACUGCGUCAUCUUACGACAGCGAUCUUUUGGAUAGAAUGCCAAUCUCGUCAAUCAGCGGCGGGCCGACACGUUCGACGACAGUCCAAGCAACGUUAAGUGGUUGA